AUGCAACCUAAUUUGGGUUCUGUAAAUAUAAUUCCUGUAAGCUCAUCGAGAGGCUGCAAUAUAAAAACAGUAUUUCUCAUAGCACUGGUUUACAGUGCUAGGGCAGGACUAUUGAGUGGCGGUCACGACUCCUAUGUAUCAUCAGCUUUGAGUGCCCCAUCCGCCAAUUAUGGGCCACCUUCAACGUUAUACGGACCACCAGUUGUUUCAGAACCAAUUGGACACUAUAGCGGACCUUCAGGUGGAGCUUUGGAGGCUAAUCUUGGACAUGAAGAACAUGGCCACUCUAUUGAAGGCGGACCAGUUGUAGAAAGCUCUGCGCUUGCCAGUGGGCCAGGUCACAGCGGUCAUGGUCCAGCUCCCGUGGUUGAGCACAGUAGUUAUGAUGGUGGAGACCACGGUGGCUAUGAAGGCGCAGGUCUGGAAGGUGCAGCUAUCGGUGGGGCUUUAGAAGGCGGAGAUAUUGGGGGUGGUGCUUUAGAAGGUGCAGGUUUUGGAGGCACGGGUCUUGGUGGAGCUGACUUAGGUGCAGUGGGCGGUAUUGGUGGCGCUAUUGAUGGUGCUGUUGGAGGUCCUAGAGUGAUUGGCUCAUUCGUGUCCGUUGGACGUCCAGUAGCCGAGGCAUCUAGAUACGAACUUCAAUCCGUUGUACAGAACGUCGUCCGUCGCAUUCCCAUUGAAGUAACUCGUCAUAUCAAAGUCGCUGUGCCCCACGCGGUGCCCGUCCCUGUACCUCAUGAAGUCAAAGUGCCAGUUCCACAACCCUACCCCGUUCACGUCGACGUCAUCAAACACGUGCCUUACCCAGUAUACAAAACCCAGCACGUUGAAGUCGAGAGACCGGUUCCAGUUGAGGUAGUGAAGGAAGUGCACGUCCCUGUCUACAGGAAGGUCCACAUCCCUGUUGAAAGGCCAGUAGAGGUCAUUAAGAAGGUCCAUGUGCCAAUUGACAAGCACGUCGAAGUCCCCGUACCAGUAUGGAAGCCCUACCCUGUCCACAGCACCAAACACAUAAUCCACCUCAAAAGAAAGAAGAGCCAUUGGUUGUGGUGAAGAGUCGUGAUCG